AACUGGGGCUCCCAGGAAGAGGAUGCUGCCUAGUACUGGGGUUCAUGUACAAGGAGAAGUACCGCAGGAUGACUGAAGGUCAAGCCUCCUCCUUCACACAGCAGCCCCAGGACCAGGUGGUGAUAGCUGGGCAGCCUGUGACACUGCUGUGUGCCAUCCCUGAGUACAAUGGCAUCGUGCUGUGGAUCAAGGAUGGGCUGGCCCUCGGCGUCGGACGGGACCUCUCAAGUUAUCCACGUUACCUGGUGGUAGGAGACCACCUGUCGGGACAGCAUCACUUGAAAAUCCUGCGAGCUGAUCUGCAGGAUGACGCAGUGUACGAGUGCCAGGCCAUCCAGGCUGCCAUCCGCUCCAGACCUGCCCGGCUGACCGUCCUGGUUCCUCCAGACGAUCCUGUCAUUAUGGGGGGGCCCAUCAUCAGCCUGAGAGCAGGAGAUCCCCUGAACCUGACCUGCCACGCAGACAAUGCCAAGCCAGCAGCCUCCAUCAUCUGGAUGCGGAGAGGAGAAGUCAUCAAUGGAGCCACCUACUCCAAGACACUCCUCCGUGAUGGCAAGAGAGAGAGCAUCAUGAGCACCCUUUUCAUCGCCCCCUCCGACAUUGAGAACGGGGAGAGCAUCGUGUGCCGAGCCACCAACAAAGCCAUUCCCAGCGGGAAGGAGACCUCGGUCACCAUCGACAUCCAGCACCCACCCCUGGUGAACCUGUCCGUGGAGCCACAGCCGGUGCUAGAGGACAACACUGUGAAGUUCCACUGCUCUGCCAAGGCCAACCCUGCUGUCACCCAGUACAG